AUGGCCACUGAAGGAAAGAUUGCAAUACUUAUGCCAUCUUAUGCAGUGAGAGCCCCGUUUAAGGAGCACAUUGCACAAGAGUUUGCCCGAUUCUGGCACGCACUUUACCAGUGGACAGAAAAGCCUACUGUGACAGCUGUGGCUCAGACUUGCACACCGAACAGCUACGUAAAGCCGAAGCUGGCUGUGAAGAGGCCUAGCUGUGGCACCGGCAGAGCAGCAGCAGAGGAAGGUAUUGGGAAAGGCUUACACACACAGACCACUCAGUUCCAAAAUUGGCCUUUGCUAGCCUGACUGGCGAUCCAUACAGUGGGAGGAGGCACCCUUGGGGUACAACAACCAUACAAACAGCAGAUCAUUCACAUGUGAGCCCACCUGAGCUGAAGACCACUAGGGGCUUGGCCCCAAUGCAUCACCCACACCAGCGAAAGCAUGACCACAACGAGAUCGGGACCUUCUGCUGCCCCCUUUGCCGGAGGUACUUGGACUCAAUGUGCCACGGAGUCCGUGGCUUAGGGAUGCAGGUCAACAUCGUAACCCAGGGCAAGAGGGAUUCCACACCUCAUCUCAGUGCUGUGGCUAUCCUCCAACACAACACUUCCAAGACAUGGGAGUCGGUUUAA